GAUAAUAGUUGGAAGGACGUGCCGUGAUGACGUAAGGUGACACUCAGAAUGUGUACAUGCAGAGCUGCUUUAAACACGUAACAAAUUCAUUUUUAAAUAAGUGCGUGUUUUUGUUUAUAAUUAAAUUAUAUGUGAAUACGAUCAAAUCCCGGGAUGGCGCACCGUUACCUUCUGCUGUCAAGGGGCUGUAGGCGUCUAUUUAAGAGCUUGUUGUCGCCCAAUAACAGAGCUAGUUCCAUAAUGCUGCUGUCUGAACAAGGAAACGGAAGUACUUUGCUGGCCAAUGUGGUUGGAAGUUAUAGAAGGCUCUGCUCACGGCCACCCAAAGGAUUUGAGAAGUAUUUUCCUAACAGCAAAAAUGGCAAAAAAGCCACUGAGUCAACAGGAGCCAAUCUUGAAGCUAAAGAGGUCAAGCCUGCAAAUGACCAGCGUUCCUCUGGUAGUAGUGGGGGAGGUGGUGAAGCAGGAGGAGGCGGGGGAGGCAAGAGAGGAGGCAGGAAGGAUGAAUCCACAUGGUGGGCCAGGUUCCAGAAAGGAGACAUUCCUUGGGAUGACAAGGAAUUUCGUCUGUACUUCAUGGGCUGUGCAGCAUUCUGGGCUGUAGUCACGUACUACUUCUUCUUCUGGAACUCGGGGAGAGAAGUUACAUGGAAGGACUUUGUGAAUAAUUAUCUCUCCAAGGGAUUUGUAGACCGAUUAGAAGUGGUAAACAAGCGAUAUGUGAGAGUGAUAUUUACACCUGGAAAAUUGCCUGUCGAUGGGCAAUAUGUCUGGUUCAACAUUGGCAGUGUGGACACUUUUGAACGGAACCUGGAAACUGCACAACUGGAGCUGGGAAUUGAGAGGGAGAAUAAACUACCUGUAGUCUACGCUACUGAGAGCGAUGGCUCCUUCCUGUUCAGCAUGUUGCCUACAGUGCUUAUCAUUGGCUUCCUCCUGUACACGCUGCGGAGGGGUCCCACUGGGGGUGGGCGGUCCGGCCGGGGGAUGGGAGGUCUUUUCAGUGUGGGGGAGACGACAGCCAAAGUCUUGAGGGAUCAGAUUGACAUCAAGUUCAAGGACGUGGCCGGGUGUGAGGAGGCGAAGAUGGAGAUCAUGGAGUUUGUUAAUUUCCUUAAGAACCCUAAACAGUACCAAGACCUAGGGGCGAAAAUCCCUAAGGGUGCUAUUCUGACUGGGCCUCCAGGCACUGGGAAGACCCUUUUGGCUAAAGCUACUGCAGGAGAAGCUAACGUCCCCUUUAUCACAGUCAACGGCUCCGAGUUCUUGGAGAUGUUUGUUGGAGUUGGUCCAGCUCGGGUGCGAGAUUUAUUUGUAAUGGCCCGUAAGAAUGCUCCCUGCAUCCUCUUCAUUGAUGAAAUUGAUGCAGUGGGAAGGAAAAGAGGCAGAGGGAACUUCGGGGGACAGAGCGAACAGGAGAACACCCUGAACCAGCUGCUGGUGGAAAUGGAUGGAUUUAACACAGCAACAAAUGUAGUGGUCCUGGCUGGCACCAACAGACCGGACAUCUUAGACCCUGCCCUAAUGAGACCUGGCCGAUUUGACAGACAGAUCUACAUCGGACAUCCUGAUAUAAAAGGGAGAGCAUCUAUUUUCAAAGUCCAUCUACGGCCAAUAAAACUGGAGGGCGGCCUCGACAAGGAGAGUUUAGCAAGGAAAAUGGCUGCAUUAACCCCAGGAUUUUCAGGUGCAGACAUUGCUAACUUGUGCAAUGAAGCCGCGUUAAUCGCUGCAAGACAUCUCUCUGAUGCAGUCAACCAAAAGCACUUUGAGCAGGCUAUUGAAAGAGUAAUAGGAGGUCUGGAAAAAAAGACUCAGGUCCUUCAGCCAACAGAGAAGAAAACAGUGGCCUACCAUGAGGCUGGGCAUGCAGUAGCAGGCUGGUUCUUGGAGCACGCGGAUCCCUUAUUAAAGGUUUCCAUAAUCCCUCGUGGGAAGGGGCUGGGCUAUGCCCAGUAUCUGCCAAAAGAACAGUACCUGUACACCAAAGAGCAGCUACUUGACAGGAUGUGCAUGACUCUGGGAGGAAGGGUGUCGGAAGAGAUCUUUUUUGGCCAAAUUACUACCGGAGCUCAGGAUGACUUGAAGAAGGUCACACAGAGUGCAUAUGCUCAGAUUGUGCAGUUUGGGAUGAAUGAAAAGGUGGGUCAGGUGUCCUUUGAUCUUCCUCGAAAAGGAGAAAUGGUAUUGGAGAAACCCUACAGUGAGGCCACUGCCAGACUAAUUGAUGAUGAAGUGCGCAUCCUUAUAAACACUGCCUAUAAGCGCACGCAGAAGCUCUUGACAGAAAAAAAAGCUGAAGUUGAAAAGGUUGCACUAAGACUUUUGGAAAAAGAGGUGAUUGAUAAGAACGAUAUGGUUGAAUUAUUAGGAGGUAGGCCCUUCGCUGAAAAAUCAACUUACGAAGAAUUUGUGGAAGGUACAGGCGGCCUUGAUGAGGAUACAACACUCCCAGAGGGCCUUAAAGACUGGAACAAAGACAGUGAAAAAGAAAAGGAAGAGAGUACAGAUGAGCAGGUUGCAAGACACUUCACCGGGGGAAUGCCAUUCUGAAUGGCAGUCAUUGUACAGAAUCUCUGACACUCGCUGCAGUGCUUUUAAAACCUGCUUUAAUGCAGCCUUGGGUUCAAGUAACCCACAAGCCAAACAUUCAUGCAUGUAGUUGGCUGUCAGCUUUGUACAACUGCUUAUGCCAGCAGUUGUUCUUUUUAGAGAUCACAGCUGCUAAGAACCUUGCCAUACUGCGAAUGGAUCCUAUAUGUGUCAUCCACCUGUUUUGUUUUUAUAACAAAGUGAGAGUGUUGUAGUAAUAUAUUUUUUUAAUAAGUUGUAGCAUACAUUUGCAAUGUACUGAUGGAGUGAUUCUGCAGCUCUCUUUAAAUAUAGACAUUUAAGAUAUUACAGUGUUGAAUAUAUUUAUGUUCAUUGUGUAAAUACUGUUUCUUUGAAUACUUGAGACUAAAUAAUGGAGACAAAAUCCUUCUUUGCUGCGUUACUGGUGAAAUAUAUAAUCCUAGACGGGUCUUCUUGGCUAACAGACCAAAGUAUGCAUUAUGCAGUGCACAUUUUUUCUUUUUUUUUUUUUUUUUUUUUUUUUUUUUUUUGUAAUUAGGAGAACUUUUUUUUUUGGUUAAAGUAUGUUUGAAACAUUAAAACAUGUAAAUAAACUAUACCUCGAGUUUAAGUACUCAAGCCAGGGUAAGUCAAUUCAAGCCACCAGAUAAAGUCUGGCUGGAAUUUUGUAUUUAAUGCUGUGGAAUUGCUCUUCAUCCAAAAGAAUGGAGCUAAUGUGAAAUGAUAUAUUAAACAGUAAAUCUCAUACAUUUAAAUUUUUCCCUAACACCACUUCAGCACUGCAAUAAUAAAAGUAAAAACGUUAUUCUUUAUAGUAAAUUAUAAUCUCUACAUUCAUGCAAUUGUGUAGUAAUCCCAAUAAAGUUCAAACACUUUUAACCAUAACUACUUUCCCAAAAGGCAUCAACCAUUGUUACAAGAAGUUAUAACAGUUACUGUAAAUGUGUAGCAUGGUUGUGAACUACUUUGUUACGGUACUGUUUGUAGGUGUAGAUCAUAGUGACCUGCUUUGUGUUUGUCCUUGGUGGAGAAUAUAUGUUGCUUACACACAGUUGUAGUCAAAAGUUUACAUAUGAAAUGUAUAAUUUCUAGAAAUUUCUCAAACAAAAAAUUUUAGUGUUGCUUUUGUGUAAAACUUAACAAAUGCUAAUACAAAAGUAUUCCUACCCUUUGAUGCUACAAUACUAUUGUCUACAAGGUGCUAAAAAUGUCAAUAUGAUAUUGCAGCACAUAAUUUUGAAAAAGUCUAGAAAAUGCUGGCUUGUAGGUGAACAUUCUUGGAGAGUAUAAAAAGGUUAGGCAUAGGAUGAUUGCUGUCAUUACCAAUGUGGGGAAAAAGUAAAGAGCUAUCUGAAGAGCAGAAAAUGUAUUGUCAAAAAGCUGGAGAACAGUACAAGAAGAUUUCCAAGCAUUUGAGUAUCCCAAUUUCAGCAAUUGUUUCUAUUAUCAAGAAUUACAAGACUUGUGGUACUGUCCCAACGCUCCCUCGGUCUAGAAGAAAGAAGGUUCUUUCACCAAGAACAAGUAGGGAAAUUGUGAGGAAGAUUAA